CUCUCCCCUUGAAUCGUACCAAAUAUAGUCUCUUCAAUCGCCUCUUACAAGAGCGGCCCGAAUAUAUAUAUAUAUGUGAACUACCCAGCCUUCAAUUCACUCCAAACACCAUUCAAGCACUCUUCAUAAACACUAACACCAAUCUCCCACUUCGACAUCGCAGGAGCUGCCACCGCAGCUUCUAUUGAGAUCCCCGAAUUUAGCGCCAGCUGUAUAAGUGCAGCGGGAGUAAAUGGGGAAAGCUCCCCAUGUACGAUACAAGAUAUGUUGGAGGAAGAUGGAAGAAGAAAUGUGUCUGCGGAGCUGUUGAAACCCGAGCGACUAGCUGGUGGUUUCGCUAUCCUAGUUACCUACCAGUUCGUUGACCGAAAAGAUCCGUGAGUUUCCAAGUUAAUCGGUUUCUGCGAGUAGGUGCUGAUAUGAUAUAUAGUAAACUUGCUUGGAAAUAUAUGGGUGAGAGCCGUGACGACAUUAGCAAGACUGGUAGUUUUAAGAUUGAGACCUUGUCCGUUACACAGGUUGAUUUGCCUUGAGCGGUUUAUAGCAGCAUAGAAUUCAACAAAUUCCCUCUUGAGUUAUCAGACUCUAUAUUCUAAUAUUUGUGUACUGCCUAAUCCCA